AUGUCAGACUCGGAUGACAAUAAACCAGUCCAAAAGAGACCACAACCCAGACCACGCGCAAAACGAAGCAAAGUAGCCCCAAAUUCAGCCUCAACCUCUUCGCCCAACUCUACAUUCUCCCCUCGGGCAAACUCUAGUGGCGCCAACAACAGGAGUAGUGGUACCCUUGCAGACAACUACAGCGAACGAGUCGAGGAUGACUUUUUCAACAGAGCUAGCGUCAGCUUCCGUGAGAUACACAAGAUCCAAGAGUCAAGGGUCAAUGAAGAGUUGACGAGACAGGAAAACGAACUGGAUAUUCUGGAUCUGAAGGCUCCGUCCUCCUCGGACGCACUACCUAUUCUGGACCUUGACGACGACCUGGAGGACACUGAAAAGACCAAAGCCGAGGCGCAAAAGAAGGCGGCAACACCGGAGACGAAGCGGAAACGGGAAGUGUCAUUGACUCCACCACCGGAACACCUUAUCCGGCGCUACCCUACCCACAUACCGCCUGUGAGUAGACCUUCUACGGCGGCGACGACAAUUGCGAUUGACCUGGACGAUGACGAUUUCGAAAAGAUGGACGAAUUGGACCCAGAACUGGCCUCGAUAGCCGCAAAGCUCAAUACCAUUGCUUCACAACAAUCCAUGGAGGGCGCUUCACCACUCUCCCCAUCGUCACUCUCGCAACCCCUUGCCAACUCUACACUGUCGCAAUCACAAUCUUCUCAGCCUUCGCAACCGUCACCCAGUAUACCCGAUGCAGCCACGGCAUCAACGUCAUCACAUGGCAGUGGUAAUAGUGCCAACGCAGGAGCAGCAUCAGCAGGAGCAACAGGAUCUCUGCAUCAGCCGUCUUCUCCUUCUGAUUACAAUACCGUCUUGCUGGUGAUAAGGAUGAACCGGCAUCCUUUGCUCAUUAUACCACCGGAGGCGGUUGAAGCCCAAAAGAUACUGGAGCGAACCGUCCAAGUCACCGUCCGAUCCAACAACCCGUUCAGGGAAAUGAUGACGUUCUACUGCAACCAGAAGGGGGUCAACUAUGCGUCCACAGUAUUCACAUACCUCGGGAUGCGACUCAUGCCUAGUUCGACCCCUGCGGCACUCGACUUCCCCGCCCGAGUCAUCAUCGAUGUCUACAGCCAGGAGGCCUUCAAGUACAUCAAGGAACAGGAGAACUUGGAACGUAGUCGGAAAUUGGCCGAGAUGGAGAGACAGGCCGCUGAAGCUGCAGCCGCAGCUGCUUAUGAACUUCAGCGACAGAAAGAUGACAGUGGCGGCGAGAGCGGCAAUCAACAUAACGAUGCUGAAGGAGAUACAUCUGAAGAGCGUAUAUUUAUCAAACUGAGAGGCAAGGAUACCGCCGAUCAUAAGAUCCAGGUCAAAAAGACGACAACGGUACAUGCAAUUAUCACACAUUACAAGUCCAUCAAGGGGAUCCCGACAUCGACGGUGGUCAGACUCGAGUUUGACGACGAGGCGCUCGAUCCCACUACCGUCAUCGGCAAUACGGAGGUCGAAGACGAUGAUAUGCUCGUCGUCCGUGUAGGGUAA